AUUUUCGUGUGGGGAAUAUUGAAUCUUACGUGCAUAACAACAUUUGUAUUGGCAGCGAUGGAGACUACAUGUAGUCCAAUUGCAAGCUAGUCGAUAUUGAUCUUCCGAACUUACCGCAUUACUUGUCUUCUGAGAUCUGAUCUUAUGGCCGACUUUUUCUUCCCAGCUGUCUAAAUUAAGAUAUUCUGACUGUAUUCCUUAUUCCAAAACCAGAUUAUAGAAACCAAUUAUUACGGUAUCCAAUAUUUACUCUCAUUCGGAUCUGAGUUGCUUUCGAGACUCCAUUAUCUUGACUUUCGCUCCGACAAAACAUGGCCGAGGAAGCGCAGCCAUCGACUUCGAGAACCGCACCGAGACACGGCUGGAGAUUCUGGGCCAUAUUCCCAGGCCUUUGCGUCACUUCCAUCCUCUGUGCUCUUGACUCGACCAUUCUUUCCACUGUGCUCCCAACCAUCACUUCCGACUUACAUUCUUCAUCCGAAUACGUAUGGAUAAUCAACGCUUACACUUUGACUUUCACUGCAAUACAACCACUCUAUGGUCAAGUAGCCGACAUCUUCGGACGCAAAGCCGCCAUUGUGGUUGCCAUUUCACUGUUUCUCCUGGGUAGCGGUAUCUGUGGUGGAGCGCAAUCCACGGAUAUGCUCAUCGGCGGACGUGCUAUUCAAGGGCUCGGCGGAGGGGGCCUGAGUAUUCUGCCAGCGAUGGUGGUUUGCGACUUAGUUCCCCUGAGAGAACGGCAGAAAUAUACUGGUCUAGUCUACGGUGCUUUUGCAAUCGGCACCUUCAUCGGACCUGUUGUCGGUGGAGUGAUGGUUGAUCAUAUUCCUUGGCGGUUCAUCUUUUGGUUGAAUCUUCCACCGGCUGGGCUGGCACUUGGUUUGGUGGUAGCAUUCCUCAAAGUUUCCCACAAUCGAUCGGGCUCUGUCUGGAAGCAGUUGGCACGGAUUGAUUAUUUCGGGAAUCUCUUCUUGAUGGGCGCCGUCACUUCAAUCUUACUUGCGCUUGCCGGAGCUGGAGUAUCGCGGCCUUGGAGCUCUUGGCACACGCUUGUGCCACUGCUGUUAGGUCUUGUAGCUUUGCCAUUAUUCGUACUUUUCGAAGCUUCAUCACUUUGCCUCCUCCCCACAGUCCCGCUUCGACUAUUUUCCAACAGGACAUCGGCACUCGCCUUCUUACUCACCUUUCUCCACGGAGUCAUGCUGUACUGGGGAAGUUACUUCUUGCCUUCGGGAAUAAAUACCCUCCCAGCAGCUCUAUCCUCAGUUCCAUUCGGUAUUGCGGGAGGCUUCAUGAUCGCAAAGACGGGUCGUUACAGACUAAAUCAGAUCGUAGGCUUUGCCUUAGCCGCCAUCGGUAUCGAAUGCUGCAGCGUAUUGAAUCAAAAUUCGUUGGCUGGCGUAUGGGCGACACUUGAGAUUAUAUCUGCGGCCGGGGCAGGCAGUAUCCUGACUGCGACACUACCAGCAAUGCAAGCACUUCUUGCAGAAGCAGAUGUUGCUAGCUCGACUGCAACCUGGGGCUUUAUUCAAAGUCUCGGAUUCGUCUGGGGUGUAGCUAUUCCGUCCAGUAUCUUUGAGACCAAGUUCAGAACUUUCAUUGUAUCCUUACACGGUCAAGUGCAGAGAGAGGUGAUUGAUGUCUUUGUGGCAAGUCUUAAAUUGGUUUGGGAGAUGGGAUCUGCUUUUGCGAUAUUGGGGUUUUUGAUUUCGUUGGGGGUCAAAGACAUGGAGUUGAGAGAGACAUUGGAGACUAGCUACGGCUAUUACGGAGAAUUAUCAAGAAAAGAUAACCUAGCGAGUUCCAAAGAAUGAAAGACCGAUUACGUUCGUCAGUGUCUUUUACUUGGCUCCUUCAGCCCAAGUCGACAUUUUCUGCUGAGUCUGUGGAGAAGGAAUCUCUCCAAGAUUCGGAUCCCUCUUUGCACUGUCCCGCUUCCUGAACAACAUAUAGAACUCUCUCAAUUUCUCAUACUUCUGUUCCACCAUUCUUCCAUA